AUGUCUCUUGGGGGAAACUUGUUGGUCCUGGCGAACAGCUCAGGCACGUAUCAGACAUUCCAGAUGCAGGGCGCAAGUUGGGCGGCAGUGCCCACUGCCGACCUCGUGAUACCCACGGACAUUGUCAGCUUUGCUGUCGACGGUCACACCCUGGUGAUUGCAUCGGUGCCGGCACCCUUUUCCAACACACAAGUGCUGUUGUUUCAAUGGACGGGUAGCUCGUGGCUCGGGCCAGUGGCAAACAUCUCAAAGCCCACAGCUGCUCCGAUCAGUGUCGUCGGCCAAGUCGCUGUGGACGGGAACUAUGUCGCCGUCUCUUGGGCUUUGUCUGUCCAACCCUCCCCCCUCCUCGUGAUCUACGAAAGCCAGGGCGGCUUGUGGUCUGAGGUCUUUCGGACCGCACUGUACAGUGGCCCGGAAUCCCUUGCGGUCUCCAGCUCCGGUAGGGCCGCUUCGGAGUGCGUCGCGAAGUGCGACGGGGUUACCAUCUUCGAAGCCAGCCCCAAUGGAACUUGGAGCGCGACGCAGACGAUCAAGUAUCUCGUGGACAUAACAGGGGGCUCACUCUCGCGGGCUGCCCUCACGGCUAACUCAGUUGCGGUGGCCGAGACUGCAAUCCCAAGCAUUGGAUCCGAAUUCUUCCCCGGUGGUCGGAUCUUCGGAUGCAACGCGACGUCCACAACGUCCACCGCGUCCACCACGUCCACAACCACAACCACGUCAACGUCGUCGCCUCACCUGCCAGCGCCUUAUAGAUCCUAUCGAAAUUGUCCUUGGGUAUGUCAGCGCUAUGGGCGGCGCCGCCACCGCGGCUUUCGAUCUCUUCGGAAGAUGUGCAAGCACCGCUGCAGGCAGUAG